AUGAGUGGUUAUGGGGAAAGUGAAGAGCAUUUUGCAUCUGAUUUUAAUACUGGAUUCGAUAUACUAUCCGAGGAGAAUCACGAAGAAGAGCAACAUCAACAGCAGCCCGAACAUGGGAGUCGCCUGGAAUGGGAACACAAUGGUGAUGAUCAGCAUGAAAGUCAUGAUAUUGCGCAUGGCGGAUCACGGGCUGCAGGGGAUGAAGGUGAAGUGCUAGGUAACUCUCACAAUAGCAUUGAGAUAAUGAAACCAUCAAAAUUUGAAGGAGACAUCUUACCAAAUGAGGCAAAUCCGAAUUCAAAUUAUGAAGAUGAUAAGCGGCAUUCCAGACCAAGAAGGACGCGAGCAAGAGGUGAAGCAUUGGACCUUUUGAAAAAAGAGUUUAAUUCCAAUCCAAAUCUCACCUCCCAACGUAGAAAGAAAAUUUCAGAAUCAACAGGAUUGCCGGAGAAGAACGUGAGAAUAUGGUUUCAAAACAGAAGGGCCAAAUAUAGGAACAAAAAAGGCGAACAACGUGAUGCGUCUAAUGGGGCAGCCGAUCAGGGAGGCUCAGAUCCAUUGGCUCGUUAUAGCAGUCCUGAUUGUCUCACAUUUUUCGACAAGAUACCACUUAAUAUAAAUAACAACUAUUACUUUAUUGACAUUUGCUCAAUAACCGUUGGGAGCUGGAACAGAAUGAAAAGUGGUGCAUUAAGAAAGGAUAACUUAGAGAUCAUUAAGGAUUUAUCAAACUUAUCACCAAUUUCCAUCAAUGAAAUUAUGUCAAAUGCGACAGAUUUACUAGUUUUAAUCUCUAAGAAAAACUUUGAGAUAAAUUAUUUUUUCAGUGCAAUGGCCAAUAAUACAAAGAUCUUGUUCAGAAUAUUUUUCCCUAUAAAUGCAGUAAUAAAUUGCUCAUUGAGUUUGGAAACUGACGAUAUUAUAGAAAGCAGUAGUGGUCAAAGAGACGGUGACAAGACUGAGAGCAAAGUAGUUGGCAGUAGAAAGGAUGAAGAUGGUGAUAAAGAAUUCAAUGAGAAAUUCGCGGAGCUGAAAAUAACAGUUUCAAGACCGCCAAAUUUUGCUGUUUAUUUUUUGGAUGCUUCUGAUGAGGCAACAAAGAAUCAAUGGUCUAUUUGCGAAGACUUUUCGGAGGGUAGACAAGUCAAUGACGCAUUCGUGGGCGGUUCAAAUAUACCGCAUGCAUUGAAGGGAUCUCAGAGCUCUUUAAAAUUUAUGAAUUCACUGAUAUUGGAUUAUAAUAGCACCAAUCAAAUAAUACCACCACCUCCAGUCCCAAAUGCUCAUGACACAGGUCUCUUAGAUGUACAGCCUCUGUCUUUACAACAACAGCAGCAGCCAUUUUUUGAUCAUUAUGAUGCCACGGGUGAUCUAUUGAACAUUAACCGAGGCUCUCCAAGUAUUGUUGAAUCUGUUCACCAAGAUAAUAUCAAUCUUCAGGAAACCAAUAAUACGAAUUUGCUAUCCCUACCCCAUGAAAAUCAUUUACCGAGUAUAUCAGAUUUUUUUAAAAAUUCGAAUGAAUUAACUGAUGAUAAUAGAUGGCUAUGA